AUUAUUUGAAUAUGUAGAGGCAUGCUAGGUUUUAUUUAAUUAAUUUCAUGUAGUAUCAUGAUACGUGUUGAUUGGAAUUUGUGAUUGGAUUGAUGCUGGUGAAUGAUUUGUGACGUAUGACGUGAUAGAGUAUAAAACAUAAUAUUGGGCCUCAACAAUCAGCUUAAGCUUUUGGUUGAGUUAGUCCUUUAACAUGGUCACGGGUUCGAAUCUCAUCCACCCCCCACCUUUAAGUGGAAUAUUAAGCGCGGGGUAUGAGGAGGGCCCAUGCUGCAUCCACACUUCAAGCCUAACGGGCUCUCAUGCGAGGGGGCGUGAUAGAGUAUAAAACAUAAUCUUGGACCUUAACCAUCAAUUUAAGCUUUUGGUUGAGUUGGUCCUUUAACAGGUUUAAAAGGGUCACCAGCAUCAGCUGAAUUUCGGAAGCAUGCUAGAUAGUUUUGAUCCAUUCAACUUCAUCAUCUUUGGCACGUUAAUUGUUUAAAAGAUUUCCAUGAUAAACAUGAACUCCCAUCAGUCUUAGUCAACCUUCAUCGUUCUUCCCAGACUCAUGGCAAUGGGAAGAGCCCUUGUCCGCUCUCUGUACCUGGUACACCACCAUAGGCGGUUGUGCUGUCUCCCAUAUACGUCAAUAACCCUCCACUUCCGGCGCCUUUUGUCUGUAAGGACUAGCCCUGGGAUAGAGUGGUCUGAAGCACAAAAGAUAACACUGAGUGCAGACCUUGAAACUUCUGCAAGGCAGCUGCUGAAAUUUCUAGCAGAAAUUGACAAAAAUCACACUCUCUAUGAAGGUCCUGUCUUGGAUCGUGCCAUUUACAGGUACAAAAACUAUUGGCUACCUCUGCUAGCCAAAAAUUCUGAGCCUGCAGGAUUAGGAUGCCCUUUAGUUGUACCACUUGACUGUGAAUGGAUCUGGCACAUUCACCGGCUUAAUCCGAAACGUUACAAGACAGAUUGUGAGGAACUUUAUGGAAGGAUACUUGAUCACUCAAAUGUUGAGUCAACCACCCAAAGGACUAGCCUUAACCAAAUGAAUGAAAUUUGGACAAGGAUGUUCCUUGAUGAACCAUUUGAGGUUGAUUUAAGCAAUCCCAUGACGGAAAGUGAUGCUGUUAGCAAAUCCGAUUCUCAAAAGAGCACGGACUAUGAUCUUGUAUCUGCCGUAAAAAGGCAGAGUACCUUCUUUUACCAGGUAUCUAGGCCUCAUGUGAGCAAUAACAUAUUUCUGAAGGAAGCAAUAGCUAGAUACAAGGGGUUUCUUCAUCUAAUUAAGAAAAAUAAGGAGAUGUCUAUAAAGCGCUUUUGCGUUCCAACAUAUGAUAUUGACCUCAUUUGGCAUGCUCACCAAUUGCACUCGGCCUUAUACUGUAAGGACACGACUGCUAUAUGUGGCGAGGUACUGGAUCAUGAUGAUACUGAUACUGAUAGAUCAGAAGGUAUGAAACUGAGUGUCGAGUUUAUGGAGACUUCCAAGAGGUGGGAAGAGUUAUAUGGUCUUAGGUAUUGGAAAGCAGGAGCAAUGUACAGAGGAAGUGCACCUUCACCUCUUACAGUUGAUGCUCAUAUAUUCGAGAAAACUCAGAAGAGUGAAAUCCUUGCAAACAAAAGUCAAAAUAUUAUUCAACUUCCAAAGAAAAUGCUAAUAGAGGUUCUACUGGAGAUAGUGGAAGUAAGAGGACUACCUCAAAGGCAUGGAGAUAAACUCUUCAUUAAGUUCAGUCAGAGAAACAAAAAUAAUCUUCAUUAUAUAACAGAGAAAAAUCUGAGUAUUUCUACAGAAUCUCAGAAAAAACAGGUGAUUAAUUUCCAGUCUGAACCAACCUCAGAGCUUCUCUUUGAACUGAUGUCCAAGUCAAGUACUACAAACUACCUAAAUUCUGCCAAAAUUAUAGGCACUACAACAAUCUCCCUAGUAGAUGUUGUGAAUGCCGGGCAACAACUCUCAGUUGACCGAUGGUUCGAGUUGCUCCCACCCUUGGAAAGUAAAGACACAAAUCCACCUAUAAGUUUACGGAUUUCUCUCUCGUUCACUCCUCCUGCUAGUGCUCCGUAUAUGCUCCAUAUGGUUCCUUCAGGCGGAGUCAAGAGUCAUACUCUUGUUCUAGAUAAGGCUGGUAACCCAGUUAUUGGAGUUUAUAUGAGGUGUGUCGACAAAAGUCCGUAUGAAGUGAUUGGCGUGUUGGAAUCAAGGGAAGAUUCUAUACUUGCAAAAAAAGAGGGAGCUGGAUGGUCUUUGAUGGAUUCUCAAUGGGACUUUCGUCCACGAAACAAACCAGAAAAUUCCUAUGAGCUCUUAGGUGAAACAAAGGUGAUAUUCUUUCCUGGUAAGAAAUUAGAUUACGAAACCAAACACAGCAGUCAAAAAGACGAGCAUGACAACUUCACCACUGCAGUUGAAUUUUCUCCUGAAAAUCCUUAUGGAAAAGCUGUGGCUCUCUUGGACUUAAAAUUUGGUGUUCUUCAGGUCAAGGAGGAUUGGUUCCUGCUACCAGGAACUAUAUCUGCCUACUGUAUCCUAUAUGAUGCAUAUGGAAGGGAAUGGGAGAAGAAAUUAGAUACAAUGACACAAGAAGAAUGCAGAGAUUUUAGUGUCAUUAGUGCUUUAGAUGGAAGUGGCAGGGAAGAAGAUUGUAGUGGGGCUAGUAUUGGAGGAGAUGGCGGGGGAGGAGAUUGUAGUGGGGGCUCUUGUGGAGGAGCUACAUGUGGCGGUGGUUGUGGUGGAUGUGGAGGAUGAAUCAUUAGCUUCAAAUUCAUGAUUAUUGAUUGAGGAAAUAAGUUGAGCUACGGAUAGUUGAUUUAAUAGGCAAUACCUAGUACGGAGUACAUUAUAGAAGAAAGAUGACAGAUAUGACUGAUAUUCAAGAGUGUAUUAUGGAGUAAUUGUAUAAUUCAAGAUGACAGUAAUAUGGAGUACAUUUCUUCAAGCAUAUUCAUGUACAUCAGUGCAUAACCUAUGAAUAACAGUAGAUCUGCGUGCUCUUCUGCCUUUGUUUGAUUA